AAACUCAAAACAUAAAUAUAGCAGAUUGGGCCUAGUAGCUUCAAGCCGCCUGGGCUAAGCGCACAUCCUAUAAAUCAAUUCAUCCAUCGAGCCGCUUUCCUGGAGGACAAGAAAAACCCCUUGAGCGAGCACGCCUUUACUCUCUUUACAUUUGCAGGAUUUGAGAAGAGCUUGAGAAAUGGAUAAGGAACCUAAAGCAGCUACUGAGGAUCCGAAAGUUGACUUGUUUGAAGACGACGAUGAGUUUGAAGAAUUUGAUAUCGAUCAAGAGUGGGAUGACAAGGAAGAAGGAAAAGAAAUAGCUCAACAAUGGGAAGAUGAUUGGGACGACGAUGAUGUGAAUGAUGACUUCUCUCUGCAACUUAGGAAAGAACUUGAAAACAACUCAGAGAAGAGCUGAAUUUAAAAUGUCCUGCAUUUUGUUUGCUCGUCAAGCUGUCAUCUUACUAGGUCAGUGGAUGAACCCCAGGUUGAUAACAGUAAAGUAGUACCCUAAUCAUGUUUCCUCUGCUUGUUGGUUAAGUUACUGAAAGGUAUUCUAAUAUGAAUGUAUGCACCUUUUAAGUCUUAGUAAUUUGUUAAUCUUCCAAUCA